AUGAUGUACCUUACAAGAACGCUAACAUGCCUCGUGGAUCAAGCACUGUUGUUGAGAUCAACUCUGCUUUCGUUGACGCUCACGCGACUCAACUCAACAAAGUCACCACCACCACCACCACCACCAUUACCACCAACACAGCAGGAGGCGCCUAAACCCAACAUAAGGUGGUUCUACGCCUCAGAUGUACCCAUCUCCAAACCUGAAUGGUUCUACUAUGAGAAAACCAAAGACCCCGAGUCAUUUAUACCGUUUUCCGAAUACGACUCCAAAAACUUGGAACGCGCAUUCCUCAAAGAUGCAACGCUGCCCGUUGAAGUCAACGAAGACAAGUUGUUUGAAGUCAAUGUAGAGAAGUUCCAGUUGAUGCCCGUGUAUUGGGAGGGCCCCGUGUACGAGGUCCGCAGAGGGAUAUGGUUCAACAAGAGCGGUGUUCCCUUGCCGAAUAAAGUCACCAUGGAGAUAGAAGACGGCUACAAAUUGGUCAAGCCGUAUUUUUUCGAACAAGGCGUCAGUGAAAAGAAGCUGAAGGCCAACAAGGCCAAAAUUGCCGAAUUCAAUGAUCUUCAAAAGAAAAGGAAGAAAAACGAUUUACACCACGAGACGCAGUCGCAAUUGGAUGUUUCCAAACAAAAAGACGUUCAUAAACUAUCCAACGGUCAAUUGGUGCUCUAUUUCAACCAAAACCAGGCCGUCUUGUUCCCCGCAAAUUACGACUCCGAUUUCCAAAUUGACAUUAUUAGAUUCUUUGGACCAAACCCGGUAUCAUUGCUAGGCGUCGAACAUAUCCAACGUGGCUACUCGGAAGAGUUGAAAAAGACGAUAUUCGACAAACUUCCAUCGAUCCCGCUUCCGAGCAUCGCAGACACUUUCCAGAAGGAAUUCAGCUCGGUGCUAAGCUCCAAAAGCGACGACGUCAAGUCCAAAAUAACAACACCGCAAACAUCAGCCGAGGAGAAUGAUAUCGACGAUAAGAACAUGCAGCAUUAUCUCGAGGCUGACUACGAUAAGGAGACUUCAAAAACAAAAUCCAAUCGGGAAAUCGACCACUUGAUUUUGUGCGUGCAUGGUAUAGGACAAGUCUUGGGUAACACUUAUGAAUCGGUCAAUUUCACCCAUAGUAUCAAUGUCUUGAGAAACACCAUGAAAAAAGUGUUUGAAGAAAACAAGGACUAUCAAAAACUCGCUUACGAUGAAGGAAGCGAAGAUAAGGACAACAAUAGAAUCCAAGUCUUGCCUAUAUCGUGGAGACACCGCGUUGAAUUUUAUCCUCGGAGAACCGAGCAGCAAAACGCCGAUAAUCGGCUCCCCACUCUUUCGCAAAUCAACGUUGACGGAAUCAAGGCGUUGCGCGAUGUGGUGGGGGACGUUGUACUCGACGUUUUGCUCUACUACCAACCACGCUACCUCCACCAGAUAUUCGAGUCGGUCACCUCAGAAGUCAACCGAGUCUACAAAGAGUACAAAAAGCGCAACCCCAGAUUCAACGGCAAAGUCCAUAUCUUGGGCCAUUCGCUUGGAUCAGCGAUUGCCUUUGAUAUAUUGUCCGAGCAAACGGGCACCAUCCAGGGUACAUCCAACAUAUCCGAGAACCACGUGCAAUUCCCCGUGGACAACUUGUUUCUUCUUGGAUCGCCCGUGGGGUUGUUUAAGCUACUCGAGGGCAAAAACAUUGAAGCUCGAACACAAGUAACAAAUAAAAUCGAACCGUCGAAAAACACAGAAAUCGCCUCGCCCAAAUGCAAUAAUUUAUACAAUGUCUACCAUCCUUGCGACCCGGUUGCUUAUAGAGUCGAGCCUCUAGUUUCACCUGAAUUUGGCCAUUUCAAAGCUGUGCCGGUGCAAUUUGCAGUCAAGGGCCUUGAUUCGCAAAUCCAAGAGUUGGCGAGCGUGGGUGACGAGAUAUCGGAAAAGAUACUUUCGGCAGCACGAUGGUUGAACAUUGCCAAGAAGGAAGUCAAGAAACUCGACGCCAAGACCAUUGAAGAGAGGGCGAAAAAGGAGAAUGCAUUGAGUGACUUGAUCACCAGCAUUGCCAUGUCGGAACAAGAGGAACUGGUGACGGAUGGAUCUGAAUCGAGCUCCCAUCGCAAGUUGACCAAGAAGGAAUUGGUCACACUCACGGCGUUGAACAAAACUGGCAGAAUCGACUACAGUCUACCUAUGGGGGUGCUAGAUUUCUCCUUGGUGUCCGCCAUCAGCGCCCACGUUUCGUAUUUUGAAGAUGAAAACACCGCAGGAUUCAUCAUGAAACAAGUGCUUUCGAAAUCACAACUGGUAAAGAAAACAGUGGCCCUCUAUUAA